AUGGAUUCACUAAAACAUAAAACAUGUACUGAUGCAUUACCACCAAGAGAUGCCAUUUUUUCCAAUCAACCAGCAUAUCUUAUUGUUCAUGCUAUGGGAGAAACACCUCUAUCUAAACGUUCUCCUUUUUUGAUUCAAAAAUUGUUCGAAUCGACCAUUGGGAAUUUUAAAAAAAUUCAAAAACUGAGGUCAGGAGAUCUACUUGUAGAAGCAGCCUUCCCUCAACAGUCAGAAAAGCUUCUCAAAAUGAAGUCUCUAGGAGAAUUAAUGGUAACCAUCACACCACACACAAAUUUGAACUCGUCAUGUGGUGUGAUAUCUGAAACCGAUCUGAUGUCUGAAAAUGAAUCAGAUAUUCAGAUUGGUCUCUCAGACCAAGGUGUCACUGAUGUUCGACGAAUUUCGAUCCGUUGUGAUGGCAAGCUGAUACCAACAAAACACCUUAUAUUGACGUUCAACAAACCAACAUUGCCAUCUUCUGUUGCGGCAGGAUAUCUUUGUUGCCCAGUUCGCCCAUACAUUCCAAAUCCGCUAUGUUGCUUUAAAUGUCAGCAGUUUGGACACUCCUAA